AUGAAUUUAGUGUCAGCUUUGUUGAUUUCUCCGGAAAAGAGUGAGAAGCUCAACGAGAUUCGAUUUGCUGGUCAAGGAAUGCGUAAGCUGAGAAAUAGUUGGGGAGGGACGCGAUUUGCCCGGGAACAGCCCAUCUUCUCGUGCAAGGCCCAUGUGUUCCACAUCGACCCGAAGACGAAGAGGAGCUGGCUGCCGGCCUCUUCUUCGGCGGUGUCCGUGUCGUUCUUUUACGACUCGACACGCAUGCUGUAUCGCAUCAUAUCCGUGGAAGGCACAAAGAUGGGAUUUAGUUCUGGUGGUAUUGGUGGAGCAUUUGACGUGCGGCGGAAAAUCCGUUCGCCAGGUUAUGGUCCCUCGAUCGAUGCUAAUUGUUCGAAUCUCGUUGACAUUCCUGGUUCGUUCGGGAUAGGGGCUGUCAUCAACAGCACUGUAACUCCGGCGAUGACGUUCACUAAAACGUCGCAGAAAUUUGGACAAUGGUCAGAUCUGCGGGCGAAUACUGUUUACGGCCUUGGCUUUCCGAACGAAGCGGAAUUGAAUGUGUUUAUAGAGAAGUUCAACGAAGUGAAAGCGGCGACAAUCGAGUCAGCGAAAGUGGCAGCAUCGAAUGGGGGUAUUGCCUCCGUUCCGACCGGAAUCCAGGUUCAGCCCAACGUGCCAAUUCCUCCUGCAAAUAUCAUACAACGGGCUCCGUCCCCGGGUGGGCUCGGCUCGACCGGCACAAGCCUUUCGGAAUCCUCGAUGCUCAACGCCCACGUACCUGGUAAGCAUUUGCGACAGGUUUUCCAGCGUCGUCGGGAGACGAAAUUUUCCGGUUCGCGUGGUGCACAUCCCAUCCUGACAGACUUCCUAGGAGACGAUUUCGUCGCCUGGGUUCAGUACUCGGGCUAUCCGCUUUUGCGGCUUCCCCUUUGAGAUUCAAGUGCCAUCCUCGAUGGUUCCUCGACGAUGCUCAAAGGCGGAGGAUUGAGUGCGUCAUCACCCGCAGCCACAGCGCACCAGAGGAGCCAUUCCCUGUCAGGUGUUCAGGUUCAAUUCCAUGCCGCCAAAGCUGAGCAGAGGCUCAGGGAAGAAACGGUUUUUACGGCCAAGGGAAAAACAGAGCAAGGGCUCCAAAGUUUGGUACCCAGAUGA